CAUGGUGAGCAGCGGUUUGGAAACUGCGGUCGUGCUAGCCUGAAUUUCCCCUGGUCCCCUGGGAAACCCGGCACUCUGCUAACCCUCCUCCUCCUGUAGUCCAGUCAGUUUGAAAGCGGAUCUGAACAGUUGUUAAGAGACAACAAGGUGCAGAGCUGGUUGAACACAGCAGGCCAAGCAGCUCGGAUUCUCCAGCAUCUGCAGUUCCUGCUAUCUGUGAACAGUGUUAAAACCGUCUCCGACCAAUUCCCGUAGACCGAGGGAGACAAACUCCAGCCUCUGCUCCUUCAGUGAUCACCUGGAUCGGAGAAUUCAAUAACCACAAACAGGGACACUCUGCAAGCUCCGGGAGGAUCGGAUAUCGCCACAUAUAGACAUAGACUCCUUCAGUGACUGAGACGUCAUGAAUGGUGCGGAACAAGCCAGCUCUGCUGUCCUGAUGAAGCAAAGUGCAUUGAAACAGAUGAUCAGCCAUUGAUCAGCAAUUGAAUCAAACAGGUCAGCCAGUCCCUGAUCUAUGGGGAUCCUCAAUGAACACUUCCGCUUGACAAAGUGUGCCUUUAAUUUACUUCUGCUGUCUUUUCUACUGAGUUACUGCGUACAGAUUAUCAAUGGCAACGUCAAAAUGGAAUCUUACUGUGCUCCUGGAAGCUCUAUGUUCUUCCCUGGGGUUGAUGAGUAUGAACGGAGCACAGCAGAAUUUUACCAGUGGAAAGUGUCCAAUGGAGGUACAACGAAUGGGCUCGGUACGGGAGUGCUACUGUUUCACGUUGGGGCUACAGAACCUUCAGUAUUAAAUAAGUACACAGGUCGCCUUGAAUUCUUCCCAUCCAAUGGAUCAUUCAUCCUUCAUCAUUUAACUUCUUCAGAUGCGGGUCUUUAUACACUUUCCAUCAAUCUACGUGAUAUCAUCAUUCAAGAUGUUCAGCUAUGGAUAAUAGAUAAGCUGUCAAAAUCUUCGAUAUUAAGCAACUCCAGCUUCCUCCAUUCCACCAUCAUGCUGACCUGUAAUGUUUCUGGGCAGCCUCAUGAGUAUCGAUGGCAGAAAGAUGGAGGGAACAUCUCUCAAUAUCACCAACUAGUAGAUGGGAGCAGAAGCGUCAUCAUUUCGAACGCUGGGAAAAAUGAUUGUGGCACUUACACUUGCAUUGCAAUCAAUCCCGUCAGCUCUGUCCAAGCUCAUUAUACAUUAACAAUUGAUGAUGCAGGGUGCAAUGCUACCAAUUUGAUCUGGAACACACUGGCCCCAUUGCUGCCGAUCAUUGGUAUAAUCUGUUCUGUGCUCUCUGCAACAUGGUGCUAUAAAAAUUAUGGAUAAAGGAGGCACUCGCAAAACAGAAUCCCACAUUUGGGAAAGGAGCCGUAUCUACCCACAUCUUAACUUUUGAAAAGGGCACUUUACAACAGGAAAGACACUGGGUUCAUGAGAACGCGAGAACUGUGCAGAGCAACAGGAGAUCACACUGAGAUAUUCAGAUAACAAGACUUUCAAAGUGAGGUCAUACAGCCCAGUCUGUGGGUGGAAUGAAGCUGUUGAACCUUGCGCUCUAGGGUCAGUGAAAAUCUGCGAUAACUUGCCCGAGGAGCAGCACCAGCCAGUUUGGUUCCUUGGUCUUUCCUGGAAACUCCUCUCAGCAAAAUGUCCAAUCACAGAACUCACUGGAAGUAACCUUUACCACUCACAGGGUGUUCCUUUCGAGGAUCCCACAAUCUAUGUCACUGCUCCUGACAAAGAGGAUCGAACCAACCACCUCAACUAUUCCAGGAAGACAAUUUGGUGCCAAACGCCCUGCUAAAAAAAAGGACACAGGCUACUGCAGCAUAAGUGCUUGCAUUUGCUAAAUUCACAAGCUUCUUGAUAGCAGUCACCUUGUCUGCAACACCUUGAGAGACUGGUCAACUAAGUAGUUUGUGGGUGCAAAGCAACACUUUUGAAUGCAGACUGCCGCAGAGAAUCUGGCACAAGCUCAACAGCUUUUACCUUCUCUCUCUCUCUCUCUCUUUCAGAAAAUCAACUCGCAAAAGUUUGGGAGUAGAAAACCCAUUGAAAGAAUCGAACACCACCAGUGGAAUGUUCCAAAAAGGAUAAGUCUCAAACUUGUCUCCAGAAAAUUAAUAUCAAUCGGCUGUAAUGGAUCUGGGAAGGAACCCAAGUGUCAUUAGUUUAUGUGGACAAUGACUUUGGCUGUAGGCCAGCAUUUACAACAAUUUCUAAAUCUGUCUUUUUUUUCUGAAUUGAAUUGGUAUUUGGCCAAAGUGUCCCAUAUCCCUUAAUACUUUUGAUUGGUUAACAAAACCUUAUCUCAGAUUUAAAAUCCACAAUUAAUAUAAUGUCACUGCCUCUCCCACUCUGUAUGUGGAAAUAUUUCUGAAUGUCACUCCAGAAUAGUUUGGCCCGAGGUCAUGUCUGGAAUUAUUUGACUUUAUUUCCCUAUCUGUCCCCCUCAACAUCUUGAAAACCAGGAUCAAAUCAUCCCUUAAAUUUCAAAAUAACAACUGGUGCUGGGUGGGAGAGAGAGGAAUAAUUGGACCAGCUAUGCAGUACGGAACAACACACUCUCUGAAUUGUGCACAAGACAUCAGUUUCCUGUCCUCCUAUAAUGAGAAUGUUAAACAGAUGGCAGUAAGAGAUGCUUUAAAAUACAAAAUGAGCUCAGCAAACUACUUUCCACCAGCUUGCCCAGAUACCACCCUCCGAUAAGUGGACAGACUGACAAUGGCCUCUGAAU